GAAAAAAGUUCAGAAUCAACACAAUGCGACCCCUCACUGAAGAUGAAUCCAAGACACUGUUUACCAAGCUCACCAAUUACAUAGGAAAGAACCUUAUUCACCUCAUCGACCGAAAGGACGAACCAUACUGCUUUAGACUGCAUAAAGACAGGGUUUAUUAUGUUUCUGAAUCAUCGAUGCGUCUAGGAUCGUCAAUUGCACGUCCCAAUCUUGUCAGCCUUGGUACAUGCUUUGGAAAAUUUAGUAAAAGCGGAAAGUUCAAGCUGCACAUAUCAUCGCUUGAUUACAUCGCUCAGUACGCCAAAUACAAGGUGUGGAUAAAACCCAAUGGUGAAAUGCCGUUCCUGUACGGAAAUCAUGUAGUGAAAGCACAUCUUGGACGAAUAACAGAAGACACGCCGGAACAUCAGGGGUUGGUGGUGUUCAGCAUGAGCGAUGUGCCAUUAGGUUUUGGGGUGACGGCGCGGUCAACGGUUGAUACCCGUAAAAUGGAUCCAACGUCUAUCAUCGUAUUUCAUCAGGCUGAUGUUGGUGAAUAUCUACGUGACGAGGACACGCUAUUUUAACCGAGCAUUCUCCUCUUUGGUUUUGUAUCUCCAUCCAAUGCCAUCAUUGUUCCUCUGUUGUACUUAUUCUACCUUCACUUCCGAGUUCGAAGUGCUCAAGACGCGCUAUGGUGUCCCCGUGCAGCUCUCUCAGCGAUUAUUCGUUGUUAUAAGAAUACACUUUGAUUACUGCCGCCAUUAAUGCUGGUCCAACUUUUUAGAUGAAUCGAAGAAUGGAAUGUUACUGCCUGUAGAAAUGAGGGUCCGACUCAACUUCAAGCUCUAC